CUGCGGGAGCAGUUCUCUCUGACUGGGAUGCACCAGGAUGGAGAUGUGGUCAUAGGGGGGUUGUUUGAGGUCCACCUGCUUGCUGUGAUUCCAGAGCUGUCUUUCAGGAGCAAGCCAGAGCAACUCUGGUGCCACGAAUUUGAUGUGGAAGGUUUUAAAGCAGCUAUGACCAUGCUUUUUGCCGUGCGAGAGAUAAACAGGAACCCAGACCUGCUCCCCUCGAUCAAGCUAGGCUACCGCAUGUUUGACAACUGUGUGCGGCUGGAUGUGGCGUUUCGAGCAGCCACGGCUCUCGUGAGUGGAACAGAGGAGCAUUUCUCAAUGGGGAAUUGCAGCGGUUUGCCUCCUGUGCUAGGCAUAGUGGGGGACCCGGGGUCCACUCACUCCAUUGCCAUAUCCAGUGUGCUUGGACUGUUCCGAGUACCUAUGGUAAGCUUCUUUGCUACCUGUUCCUGCCUGAGUGACAGACAGCGCUACCCGUCUUUUUUCAGGACUAUCCCCAGCGACGCUUUCCAAGUGAGAGCCAUGAUUCAGAUACUGAGGCACUUCCACUGGACCUGGGUCGGUCUCAUCUACAGCGACGACGACUACGGCCGGCAUGCUGCCCAUUCUUUCCACGAAGACGUCAGCGCGUUUGGUGGCUGUGUGGCAUUCUCAGAAAUACUGCCCAAGGACAAUGACAUUGUGGAGAUCAGAAAAAUCAUGCAGGUGAUUCAGCAGUCCACCUCCCGGGUGAUUGUGGUCUUCUCGACGGGCUCGUACCUCUUGCCCCUCAUGGACGAAGUGGUACGUCAGAAUGUGAUACGGCAGUGGAUCGCCAGCGAGGCGUGGUCCACAUCCACUGCUUUCCUCGUUCCGCGCCUGCUCCCUUUCCUCAGAGGCACUCUGGGCAUCGCCAUACGCAGAGGAGAGAUUGAUGGACUGAGGGAGUUUCUGUUGAGCGUCCGCCCUGACGACGACCCUAAAAAUAACAUGGUGAGAAGGUUCUGGCAGGAGAUGUUCAGCUGCAGGUUUGACCCAGCUGAGGCCUCGCUAGUGGCUGAGGGAAAGAUCUGCACAGGGCAGGAGGACCUGAGCAAAGCUGACAUGGCAUACAGUGAUGUGUCUGAACUCAGGCCUUCCUACAAUGUCUACAAAGCAGUCUAUGCAUUGGCACAUUCUCUCCACAAUCUUGUGAGCUGUGUGCCAGGGCAAGGGCCCUUUGAGGGGAAUAGCUGUGCCAGUCUUCAUGGGAUGCAGCCCUGGCAGUUGCUUCACUACCUGCAGUCAGUGAACUUCACAACAGGCUUUGGGGAUCAGGUGUCUUUUGACGAAAAUGGUGAUGCCUUGGCCAUCUAUGAUAUCCUAAACUGGCAUGGGAUGCCAGAUGGAUCCAUGAAGGCCAGAACAGUGGGGGAUGUGGACGAAUCAAAACCAAGCCACAAAGUCUUAAGUCUGGAAGAGGACAAAAUCUUCUGGAACUUUGAAUCAAAAAAACCUCCUAGGUCAGUGUGUAGUGAGUCUUGUCCCCCUGGAACCAGAAAAGCCACAAGAAAGGGACUGCCUGUUUGCUGCUUUGACUGCCUUCCCUGUGCGGACGGAGAGAUCAGUAACGCCACAGAAUUCUGGUCAAGUCCACAGAAAGAUGAAUGUGUCCCCAAAGAGGUUGAGUUCCUCUCCUACGAAGAAGCCCUGGGCAUCUCUUUAAGCACAGUGUCUGUGUUUGGGGCAUGUGUCGCUGCUGUGGUGCUUGGGAUUUUUAUUCACCACCGGCACACACCAGUCGUCCGAGCCAACAACUCUGAGCUGAGCUUCCUGAUCCUGCUUUCACUAAAGCUCUGUUUCCUGUGUGCGCUGCUGUUCAUUGGUCAGCCCAGGACAUGGACCUGUCAGCUCCGUCAUGCAGCAUUUGGCAUCAGCUUCGUGCUCUGUGUCUCCAGCAUCCUGGUGAAGACGAUGGUGGUGAUUGCUGUCUUCAAGGCCUCUAAGCCUGAGGGUCAUGGAACCAUGAAGUGGUUUGGAGCAGCUCAGCAACGAGGCAUCGUCCUCCUUUUGACCUCUCUCCAAGUGGUCAUCUGUGUGGUCUGGCUGUCCACUGCCUCUCCUACGCCACACAAAAACACUCACUACCAGAGCUCCAAGAUUGUGUUUGAGUGUGCAGUUGGGUCAGUGGCAGGGUUUGCUACACUGUUGGGCUACAUAGGCCUUCUGGCAGCCAUUAGCUUUCUGCUAGCGUUCUUAGCAAGAAAACUACCUGACACUUUCAAUGAGGCCAAGUUCAUUACAUUUAGCAUGCUAAUCUUCUGUGCUGUGUGGAUUGCGUUUGUUCCUGCGUAUGUCAGCUCUCCUGGUAAAUACGCAGAUGCAGUGGAGAUCUUUGCUAUCUUGGCCUCCAGUUUUGGAUUACUUAUGGCCAUUUUUGCCCCAAAAUGCUACAUCAUUCUCCUGCACCCAGAAAGAAACACCAAAAAAGCACUCAUGGGUCGUACCACAAAAUAA